CGCUGCUUGUUUCCACCUCCUUGUCCUGGCGAAAGCGAGAGCGCUAAAAUGGAGGCGGAAAGAUCCGGCGGAGUAGCAGGGGGRACGAACCAGAACUCUGGAGGCAGCGGUGUGGGGCGCAAUCCGAACGGGCCGAAAUCGGUACUCGGGCAGGCGACAACAGAAGCGGCCGCCGCGGCAUCAGUAGCCGGGGCGAUGGCUGGAUCGUCGCAGCCUCGGGAACCGCAAGACGGCGACGCAGGCCUAUCGCUUCCUGGGAUCUUGCACUUUAUCCAGUUCGAAUGGGGACGCUUCCAGGCCGAGAAAUAUCGCUGGGAAGCCGAGAGAGACGAACUCAGGGCUCAGGUGACGUUCCUCCAGGGUGAGAGGAAGGGGCAGGAGAACAUGAAGCAGGACCUGGUCAGGCGGAUCAAGAUGCUGGAGUACGCCCUUAAA